GUGUGCUGUGAGGAUGAUAUGUCAAUUUUCGUUCUUGUAUAUCACAUACAUUCGAAAAUAAAAGUUUUGUGAAAAGCGUUGCGUUUCCCCCUGUAUAAUUAUUUAAAUUAAUUUGAUAAUAUAAUAAUACUUCAACAAUGUCGAUAUUAGCCUACAAUGGUGGUGCCGUGGUUGCAAUGAAAGGCCAGGACUGCGUUGCUAUUGCAACUGACAAGCGAUAUGGUAUUCAAGCCCAAACGGUUUCAUCCAAUUUCCCGAAAGUAUUUCAAAUGGGACCAACUCUUUUUGUUGGUUUGCCAGGGCUUGCUACAGACACACAAACAGUGUUUCAAAGGCUUAAAUUCAGAAUGAAUUUAUAUGAGCUCAAAGAAAAUAGAAUGAUGAAACCGAAGACAUUCUCUGCUAUGCUAUCUAACCUCUUGUAUGAGAGGAGGUUUGGUCCAUACUUCAUUGAACCUGUCAUUGCAGGUUUAGAUCCAUACACUUGUGAGCCCUAUGUCUGUAAUAUGGAUCUGAUUGGAUGUCCCAAUGAACCAGAGGACUUUGUAGUAUCAGGAACAUGCUCGGAGCAACUCUAUGGGAUGUGUGAGGCCCUUUGGGAACCAAACUUGAAACCAGAUGAAUUGUUUGAAACUAUCUCACAGGCUCUGGUUAAUGCUGCUGAUCGUGAUGCAAUCUCUGGUUGGGGUGCUGUUGUAUACAUUGUUGAGAAAGAUAAAAUCACUGAGAAACAUGUAAAGACAAGGAUGGAUUAGUUUAAUGGGUUUACUAAUAAAAUUUUAAAAUAUU